UAUAUUUCCCUCUGAGAUAGUAUAACUCUUUAGAUUUACUCCAUAGUUCAUUCUAAUAAAAUUAUUCUAUAAUAGAGUCAUAUUUUCACAGAAAAUAUAGAUCAUUUUUUUCUGUGCCGCGAAUAGAGUGCUGAUCUUUAAAACAUUUGUAUGCGAAGAAUGGGGUAUUCCAAUGUGGAGUUCCAUACAUGGUUAGCCUUCUACGAAUGGUAAGGCUGCAUGACAAAGUUGUGCAAGGCUUCUCGGACCCUUGGUAGUCUCAACAACAAUCUAUUUCAUUUGCUCUGAGAGAAACAAGCCCUAUCAUGUUAAUAUCUCAUCGCAGCCAACAAUCAUUUUCAAACUGCUUGACCGUUUCAUUACAAAUGCACUUCUAUUCAUUAGAAAUCAAAAACAGAGCUGCAGACUGAUGCAAGUAUGCAAUAUUGGCUUUCCAGGGAAUAAAAACCAUUGUCUGAACCAACCAAUUGUAAUAUUUACAAACUGACUCUACCAAUUUUAAUGGAAUUUACAUAUUUGGCAAAAACAAAUACAAGUCAAGAGGCGGACAUAUAUACUUAUUUUUUUAUUAGAAACAAGAGUUUUAAAUAAACUGAUUUUUUUCAUAAAAUUUAAAGUAAUUAUUUAUAAAAAUUAAAAAUCAAAAUUAAGCAUGCCACUGAAUAUAAAACUAUGUAAAUGCUAAUCUAGCUAGAUGUUGUGGAUGAUUUAUUGAACUUUGUAGAAAUGAUGCUGAUAAAAAUGUUUUAAAUGAUCUGAUGUAACUAGGGAUUCUUUUUGUUUUAUUUUGUAAUAAAUGAAGAAAAAUAUUUCUACCAUUAUAAUUGUUUUAUACAUCAUAGAAAAUAAGGUGUUCGUUAGAUCCCAACAAUGAUUUUUAAUUGGAUUAUAAUUAAAUUAAAAAUUAACAAAGCAUAGUUAGUAAAUUUAAAAGUUGUAAAAAAAGUUAUAAAGAUAUCACGUACAACAUCAUUUUCCGUAACAUUCCAAAUAUCUUAUUUUCGAAAAGGAUUCUGAUCUGAUCUGGAUCCCGAAUAAUAAGUCUUAACCCUAUUCCUAACAAAUGGUAAAUAAUUCUGAUAAGAGUUUGGGAGAGUAAUCUUAAUUCAGUAGGGCAACAACUAAUAAAUGUGGUUAUUUAUUGCAAAACAAGUUAAAAAUACCUAAUUUUUUUCAGCCCCCAUGGUUUUGUCCUUUUUUAAAAGAUGCAGUUCGUUGAGGCUUUAUUAAGUCCUCGAAACACGUAUCAACGUACAAGGUUACAUGCACAGGACAAAAUAUAAUAACAACAUUUCUUCCCUUCACUCUCUUCAAGCUUCUUUAAUGUCGGCUCUUCAAUGUCUCACUUUCCUCUUCUUGUUUCUCCUUCUCCAAGUCGCUACUCCUGCCUCGCCUCUCCCUCUUGACCGGAGAAGGCGGGUUCUGGACAACAGCAACCACAGCAACUUCGCCAAGCAUCCACGUCGGGUGGUUUUCCCGGUGAACAGAGGUAGCUGUGAUCUUUUCGCCGGCGAGUGGGUACGGGAUGAGACCUACCCACUUUACCGAGCGGAAGAAUGCGGCGGAGGAAUGAUAGAUCCGGGAUUCGACUGCCAGACUUAUGGCAGAUUUGACUCCGAUUAUCUCAAGUUCCGGUGGAAACCUUUCAAUUGCGACGUCCCAAGGUUUAAUGGGGUGAAGUUUCUACAAGAGAUGAGGAACAAAACAAUAAUGUUCGUAGGUGAUUCAUUGGGUAGGAACCAGUGGGAGUCAUUGAUGUGCAUGAUCACUUCAUCAGCACCGUUCAUUCAUACACAUAUCAUUCAUGAAGAUCCUCUCUCUACCUUCAAGAUCCUUGAUUACGACGUUAAAGUAUCAUUCUAUAGAGCUCCUUAUCUAGUAAACAUAGAAAAAAUACACGGAAAGACAACUCUUAAACUCGAUGAAAUCUCUGUCGAUGCAUCGGACGCUUGGCGCACAGCCGACGUUCUGCUGUUCAACACUGGUCACUGGUGGAGCCACACAGGUUCUCUACGAGGGUGGGAGCAGAUGGAGAUAGGCGGGAGAUAUUACGGAGACAUGGAUAGGUUGGUGGCAAUGAGAAAAGGACUAACGACAUGGUCUGAUUGGGUCCUUCGCUAUACUAACUCGCCCCUCACUAGAGUUUUCUUCCUCUCCGUCUCACCCACACACUACAAUCCAAAUGAAUGGACUUCAGGAGCAACAGCUUCAACGAUAACUCAAGGAGGUAAAACCUGCUACGGUCAGACUAAGCCGUUUAGUGGGACAUCGUACCCAACGAGCUCAUACGUAGACCAGAAGAAAGUGAUUGACCAAGUGGUGAAAGAGAUGAAAUCUCAUGUCUCAUUGAUGGAUAUAUCUAUGCUUUCGGCUCUUCGAAUCGACGGUCAUCCUUCAAUCUACAGUGGAGAUCUCAAUCCUUCUCUAAAGAAAAAUCCUGAUCGUUCAUCUGAUUGUAGCCAUUGGUGUCUUCCUGGUCUCCCUGAUACUUGGAACCAGUUGUUCUAUGCUGCUUUGUUGUUUUAAGAUUUGAUUAGCAUUUGUCAACCAAAUGUAUCUAUUGAAUUAUAGUUUUGCUUUUUUUAUUGUAAGUUGGUACGUUUAACCAAACAAAUAAUUGUGAUCCGUGAAUAUCUCUAUCAUACUUAUUCACUGAUUGUUGUUAA